AGAGCCUCUUUCCGAGUCGCUGAUUGAGCGUGCCCUGCACACGAACCUACUACUAUUACUAGUACUUGCUACGAUGAAGCUCUCCAACCUCCUCCCCCUCCUCACCCCCUUAACCCUCACCUCCGCCCACCCCAGGCCGCGACCGGUCAUCAUAGACGACAACCUCCCCGGUGGUCCCUCAGGGCACGAGGUGGAGAUCGUCGGGCUGGCGUUUGCCGGGUCCGGGUGCCCGGCGGGGACCGUUUCGGGCCAGCUGUCGACCGACCUGACGACGCUGACGCUGCUGUACGCCGAGUUUGUCGCCCAGGCGGGCAGCGGCAUCUCGCCGUCCAACUACCGCCGCAACUGCCAGCUCAACGUCAAGCUUCGCUACCCGCAGGGCUGGCAGUUCUCGGUCUUCAAGGCCGACUACCGCGGCUACGCCCAGAUCCCCGCGGGGGACACGGGGACUUGCAAGGCGACGUAUUACUUUUCGGGUGAUUCCCGGCAGAUCUCAUCGACCAUGACCAUCCGCGGCCCGUACGACGACAACUACCUCAAGACGGACCAGUUCAGCGUCGAAAGUACUGUGUGGUCGCCAUGUGGCGUUGAGGGCUUGCUCAACAUCAACUCGGAGGUCCGGCUGUCGCCCAUGGAUGCCGUUAAGCCGGCCUUGAUGACGGUAAGAAGCCCCAGAACUGUUAGUGUGAGGUGGAGGCGUUGCUCGGGUUCUUGAUACGGGUCGCUUCAUGUUGUGAGCAUCCGACAUUUUUGUUGAGUACACUUGAGGAGUGGUAACUGAACGGCAUUUCCUUACUGUUGUGCUGCAGGUCGACUCGACGGAUCUGCGGUUUACCCAGGUCCACUAUCUGCAGUGGCAGAACUGCACGAAGUAGGCACUGUCAAGAGUCAGCGCGUGAGUGCGAGGAGCACUGGGCUUUGAUUGGGUUGUAACGAUGCGUGUGAGGCAGGCCCGAGAUUGGGGUACUGCAGUGGCAUAGGAUGAAAGCAUGCAGAUCAGGCGAGUUAGCUCCAUACCGCCAAUAUAUCCUUGCC